AUGUCUGUUAUUGUACAUAGGCACAGAAUUAAAUUUGAUGCCUUUAGGUCAAAAGGAAUCCCGAAUCUCCAGCGUCACCAAAUCGGACGAGCCCUUGACUAUAAUAAUCUAGAUGAGAAUGGAAGGCCAGAUGUCAUUUAUUCUUGGAAUAGAAACAUCCACGACAAAGAUCUUGCAACCAAAACACAUUAUGUCAAACCAGUUUAUGAAGAGCGUGUUUCCAGCGCCGAAAUCCUCCGGUUAUCUGCAAAACAGCACUAUACCCAAGCAUACAAAGAUGGUCUAGAAUAUAUCAAAGCCGAGAAGGACUAUCGCGCUAAAGAACGCUAUCUGGAUAGCAUCACACCAUCUCGGCGAAACAAGACCGUCACAAUUGGGACAAGCACAUCGACGAGUGGCCUUCCCGUCCCCGACACGGAAGGUAGGGUGUAUAACUAUGAUGCGCAAACAACUGCGCAAACCGGCUUGAUGUUUGAAGCACCGGCUAACCUACAUGAAGUCCCAGAUUUGCCAAAGAAUGUGUCCGGUCAACGUGUCCACCCAGUUAUAAUCACGCACGAAAAAGAGAUCGUUGUUGAUAACCUUACUGGAGCAGCCCAAGUCAAAACCGGAAGUUCAUCUGUUCUUAAAGCACCUGUUGUAAGCAAUUCUCUUGAUUAUCAAGAGCCAAUGAUGCCCGGAUCGUUUCCUAAUAUGAUCGGAAAAGAUGAAGUUAAAAUUGAAAAUAACAUACCUCCGGAGAUCAAUAUUGGGAAUGAAAGAGCAGAAAACAAACCAGAAAUCGCUUUGACCACCAUCAGCGACCCGAAUAAGGUUGAGGAACUCUUAUCAAAAACACAAGUUACGAGUAAUCUCGUUCGAACCCCUGGAAAGACGCCUAUUGGAAAUGUGAGGAAAGAUCGUCGUUUUGAUCCGACCAAACGAAGAAUAAAGAACAGAUUAGAAGACUCACUAUUGCAAUCCACACUUAACAAGCAGGAAUUGGUAGGAUUUUCUGAUGGAAUUACAUUGAGGUACACGAUGAUGGCGCAGCAAGACGGAGAUUAUCCAAAAGUUUUGGAACGAUCUAGAAUGCAUCGAAUAGUUCAAGCAAAUGUUGGAGUUGAGACCAUUGUUGAUCCAGUGGCUUCCCGUGUUAAGAAACAAGAAAAAGCCUCAUUCUUGCGUCCUAUCGCAAAUCUACGCGGAAAGGAAAGAAUCGAUUAUGCGAUACCUCCAACAUUUACCGUCGCGGAUGUUGAACCUACUGUAAGCAUCCGAAAACGCCCUACAAAAACGCAACAAAUGCCCACUCGACCUGUCAAAAAGGUCAGAAUUGACUGA